GCGUGAGCACAACAUCUCCUCCUCGUGCACACGCCAGUACUGCUGCGGCUCAAAACUCAAGAUGGCUUCUCGCAGUGCUGUGCUCUCGAUGUCCAAAAUCAUUAGUCCCUUUUGGGGUGGACGCCUUGGAAAUACGGUUAAAGUAUUCGGAACAACUCUGACAAGUCGCAGGAAUAAGACCUUGCUUACUGGAGAAAACAUUCCCCCUCCAGCAAAGUAUGGAGGCAGACACACUGUGACCCUCAUACCUGGAGAUGGAAUUGGUCCAGAGCUGCUCAAUCAUGUCAGAGAGGUUUUCAGGUUCAGCUGUGUGCCUGUGGACUUUGAGGUGGUACAUGUCAACUCUGCACUGGAGACUGAGGAUGACAUCAGCAAUGCCAUCACUGCCAUCCGCCGUAAUGGAGUUGCCCUCAAAGGUAACAUAGAAACCAAACAUACCAUGGCACCAUCUGUCAAAUCCAGAAAUAAUCUCCUUCGCACAAGCUUAGACCUGUAUGCCAAUGUGAUGCACUGCCAGUCCCUCCCCGGAGUUCAGACUCGCCACAAGAACAUUGACAUCAUGAUCAUCAGGGAGAACACAGAGGGAGAGUACAGCAGUCUGGAGCACGAGAGUGUGUCAGGGGUAGUGGAGAGUCUCAAGAUCAUCACCAGGAACAAUUCCCUCAGGAUCGCUGACUAUGCCUUCCGAAUGGCCAGGGAGAAAGGACGGCGCAGGGUCACCGCUGUUCACAAGGCCAACAUCAUGAAGCUUGGCGAUGGCUUGUUCUUGCAGUGUUGCAGAGAAGUGGCCUCUGGUUACCCAGACAUCACAUUUGACAGCAUGAUUGUGGACAACACCACCAUGCAGCUGGUGUCCAAGCCUCAGCAGUUUGAUGUGAUGGUGAUGCCCAAUCUGUACGGGAACGUGGUGAGCAAUGUGUGCGCUGGCCUUGUGGGAGGGCCUGGCCUUGUACCCGGGGCCAAUUAUGGCCGUGUGUACGCUGUCUUUGAAACGGCCACAAGGAACACGGGGAAGAGUAUUGCAGACAGGAACAUUGCUAACCCCACUGCCAUGCUGCUAGCCAGUUGCCUGAUGCUGGACCAUCUUAAGCUUUACGAUCAUGCAAGUUUGAUCCGGAAUGCAGUCCUCACCACCAUGAAUGAAACCAGGUUGCACACAGCUGAUAUCGGCGGUCAGGGCACCACAUCAGAGGUGGUCCAGUCCAUCAUGAGGAUCAUCCAGAGUAAAGGGCAGUUCACAGCUGAUCUCUAAACCGCCUCUGAGGACACUGUACACACACACAGACACUCACUCAUCAGAGGUGUAGGUGUGAGUUUGAACAGGUGUCUUUAUCUGGAACAGGUGUACAGUAUGAGAGAGGAUGUCCACGCAUGUCCGUUUCCAUAGCAUCACGUCUUAUCACUGACAUGAGAAUGGUUCCUUUUUUUUUUUUUUCCUUGUUCACACAGCUCCAGUUCUCUGUACAAAUUAACCUUUACCACAUCUGUGUGUUUCACAUAUAAUAAUGACCUUUUGAUAAAAUUCCACUGUCAUUCCUAUUAGAUAAUAACUGCUGCUGUAAGGAUGUAUUUCCUGAGUUCACCGGGUUUAUUCAGUUGGAAAUCUGUGUUCUGACAAAUUGUCAUGAAACAUGAAAUGGCAUUAUGUCAAUCACCAAAUACUCUGCAUUGUUUAUGUUAUAUUUUCCAAAGCCCCUCAAUGUGUUUCAUUAUUUAUUUUACAGUUAUGUUACAGCCUUUCCAAUCAACCAAAAUGUGCAAUUGUUCAUUUAAUGCCUUUUUUUUGUCACAUUGUUACUUAAAUAUCAAGUUGUAUACCGUAUUGUCCUGUAUGUUCACAUCAGAUCAUUUAUAAUGUGUAAACAGAGGAGAUGUUCAUCAAACAGAGUAAUGCUUGUGCCAUAAUAAUCAUUUCACUUAAGUGUGGAUCCUAUCAUAAGGAUGUACUGUUGUCUUAAAAUCUAACCUGACAAGAGCUCUUAAAGUCUGAAAUAAAAAGGUUUUAUCAUGUCUGGGAUAGCAUAUAUACUGUAUAACAUAUACCGUAUGUUAUCAUAUAUAUUAUCAAUAAAGAAAUAGUCUACCUUAAACUGA